AUGGCCACCGCGCAGAGGAAGGAUGGAACGACGUGCCGUGCUGGUUAUCAUAAGUCACAGGAUAACACUGCGUAUGCGCAGUCCAGUCUGUCUUCAUCUGGGAUUACAGGUAUUAUCACUGGCUUCCUAGACUGUCGAAGCUGGUUCCCAAGUGGCGGCGCGUCUGGGAAGAAAAACGGGGAGAAGUUGAACGUCUUCUUCUCUUCUCUCAUGGAUGAUAAGGCAGGAUGUUCCAAUAACCUGGAAUGGGGUGAGAUCGUCGCUGAAGUAGGCGCCAUCAACGCCAGUGCUGAUACUACCGCCAUUGCCCUAACCCAAGUCCUGGAUAUGCUGAUCCGGCACCCAAAAUACCUGCAACGAUUGCGGACCCAGGUUGACCGCGCCCUGGAUGAAGACGAAGUGAUCGUGCCAUAUGACCAGGUGAAGAACCUUCUUUUCUUGCGCGCCUGUUUGGAUGAAGCAUUGCAUUUGAAACUCCCUACUUCGGCUGGUUUGCCACGACGGAUCUCGACGGAAGGUGCGCAGAUUCAAUGGACCACGGGUGAUACCAGUGUAUCGAUGACAAUUUACUCGGCUCAUCGGGAUCCAGAUAUUUUCCCUCACCCCGAGGAAUACAAUCCCGACCGAUGGAUGGACUUAGAUGAUCGGAAGCGCAUGGUCGAGAUGCCGACGAACAUAUAG